GGUGUAAGUUCCAGAAUGCAGGGUGGUCAGCUCCGGUGGGAGAGGGCCUCAAGCCAGGUGCUCAGGCUAGCCACGGGCCCAGGUUGGCGGCGUGCCCACUGCGGCUGUGGAGGUCAGCACGCAUCCCAGCAUGGUCCUGGAACUCUACAUGGACUUGCUGUCAGCGCCUUGCCGCGCUGUCUACAUCUUUGCCAAGAAGAAUGGCAUCCCCUUUGACUUCCAGUUUGUGGACCUACUGAAAGGUCACCACCAUAGCAAGGAAUACAUCGAAAUCAACCCCCUGAGGAAGCUCCCCAGCCUCAGAGACGGAAAGUUCAUCUUAUCUGAAAGUGUGGCCAUCCUCUUCUACCUAUGCCGCAAGUACAGCGCACCUUCCCACUGGUACCCGCCGGACCUGCACAUGCGCGCCCGUGUGGAUGAGUUCAUGGCCUGGCAGCAUACAGCCAUUCAGCAGCCCAUGAGCAAGAUACUGUGGAUCAAGUUGCUAAUCCCAAUGAUCACAGGCGAGCAGGUUCCUGAUGAGAAGAUAGAGCGGACAAUGGAGGAGGCGAAUAAAAACCUACAGCAAUUUGAGGAGAAGUUUCUGCAAGACAAGAUGUUCAUCACUGGAGACAACAUCUCACUGGCUGACUUGGUGGCCCUGGUGGAGAUGAUGCAGCCAAUGGGGAGUAACCACAAUGUCUUCAUCAGCUCCAAGCUUGCCGAAUGGCGAAUGCGGGUGGAGUUAGCCAUCGGGUCUUCCCUCUUCUGGGAGGCUCACGACCGACUGGCGAAGUUACCAGACUGGGACUCUUCGACACUAGACCCUUCAAUCAAGUUGAGGAUGUCUGAGUUUCUGGAGAAAUAUAAGUAAUCCCAGAGGCAGUUCAUUCUGCAAGGUCUGGCUGUCUUCACCUUCUGAGCCUCUUCCCUCAGGGAAGACACUAAGAAACACUCUUCCUUUAUCUAAUAAAAAAAAAAAAAACUGGAACAGUCACCAUGACUGUUAUAGGGACAGUUGGUGUCAGCAAAGAGACUGGUAUGGGAGCACGUGGUCUGAAGUCAUCUUGGUUUCCAAAAAGAUAUAAGAGGCUGCGGAGAUGGGUCAGAGGGUAAAGUGCUUGCUUCCUGUCUUAGUUAGGGUUCCUAUUGCUGUGAAGAGACACCAUCAACACGGCAACUCCUAUAAGUGAAAACAUAACAUUGGGGUGGCUUAUUUACAUUUUUUCUCAACUUCACAUGGAAUAUCCAUCAGCAGACACCAUAUGAGCUCAUUAUAAAUAAGUCUCAGCUUCAAGAAGCUUGAGUCGUGAAAACUGUACUCUCUGAAUAAAAAUGGAAUGAAAUUAGCAAUCA